AUGAAACUUUCUCCUUUCCUUAUUUUUGCAUGGUUGUGUUUGCGAACAACAACACAUGCAACAACAGCAAGAGACAGUUUGAGGCCAGGUGAAAUGCUUAAUAACUCAAGCAUUUUAACAUCAGCACAAAAAAAAUUCUCUCUAAAAUUCGCCACAAUUGAAAUACCCAACACCUCCCUCAACACCUACUUGGUUAUAGACCGCGCAAACACCACUGGCAAUGUUGAUUGGAUUGGCAACAGAAACGACCCUCUUGCGUACAAUUCUUGUGCACUAACACUGAACCAUUCUGGUGCUUUGAUCAUCACACGCCACAACGGGGACUCCAUUGUCCUCUAUUCUCCUGCUGAGGCCACCAACAGAACCAUUGCCACACUUUUGGAUUCAGGGAACUUUGUUUUAAAAGAAAUUGAUGGCAAUGGUUCUACUAAGAAUGUGCUGUGGCAGAGUUUUGACCACCCUGAAUUUGUUUUGUUGCCAGGAAUGAAGUUAGGUGUCAACAAAAAAAGUGGCAUGUCUUGGCUUGUUAAGGCAUCAAUUUCUAGAGCCAAGCCUGCUUCAGGUUCGUUUACUCUUGAAUGGGAACCAAGGGAAGGGCAACUGGUCAUAAAGAGGCAAGGGCAGGUAUAUUGGGCAAGUGGGUUGCUGAGAAAUAAGAGAUUUGAGCACAUUCCAGAGGAAGUUCAGCUCAUGUAUGAAUACAACAUUGUGUCCAAUGAGGAAGAAGAGUCAUUCAGCUACACAACCCCAAAUGGUGUAUCACAAUGGGUGUUAUUUCACAAUGGUCAGCUAAAGGACACAACUAGGGGAAGUGAGAUUGCUAGAGCUGACACAUGUUAUGGCUACAACACCGAUGGUGGUUGCCAGAGAUGGGAACAACCCACAUGUAGGAAGAAAUCAGAUCAAAGAGAUAUGAAGAAGUCGAUUCGUGUUCAUUUUGCUGCAGCAGUAGCGUCACUUGUAAUUGUCAUUACCUCCAUUGGCAUUUUCUACAUAAUAUUAAGGAGAAGAAAAUCUGCACUGAAAGAUAACACAACCAGAACUGAAAAUAAAAUGCUGAAAUUAGUGGCUUUGGAUAGAUAUGCUGUUAGUAAACAUCAUUGUGAAGUAAAGAAGAGGAGUGAUUCAAGAGUCUUCAGCUAUGCAUCAAUCAUUGCCAUGACAAACAGGUUCUCUGUAGAAAACAAGUUAGGAGAAGGGGGUUUUGGACUAGUAUACAAGGGAAAAUUGCCAACAGGAGAAGAUGUGGCAAUAAAAAGACUAUCAAAAGGUUCAAGGCAAGGAGUUAUAGAGUUCAAAAAUGAGUUAAACCUCAUAUCUCAACUCCAACACAUGAAUGUUAUUCAGAUAUUGGGUUGUUGCAUCCAUGGAGAAGAGAGGAUGUUAAUCUAUGAGUACAUGGCUAACAAGAGCUUGGACUUUUUUUUAUUUGAUCGAACUAGAAAAAUGCUACUAGAUUGGAAGAGACGUUUCAAUAUAAUUGAAGGAAUUGCUCAAGGAUUGCUCUAUCUCCAUAAGUAUUCAAGAUUGAAAGUAGUUCACAGAGAUUUGAAAGCUAGUAACAUACUUCUUGAUGAAAACAUGAAUCCUAAAAUUUCAGAUUUUGGCACGGCAAGAAUUUUCAGCCCUCAAGAAUCAGAAAUAAAUACUGAACGAAUUGUUGGAACAUAUGGUUACAUGUCGCCUGAGUAUGUCACGAGGGGAAUUUUCUCAAUCAAAUCAGAUGUCUAUAGUUUUGGAGUCUUAAUACUUGAAAUUGUUAGUGGUGGAAGAACCAACAGCUUCUACAGUGGUGAACGCCAAUGCAAUCUAAUAGGACAUGCUUGGGAACUUUGGCAACAAGGCAAAGGACUAGAACUAGUGGAUCCAACUAUAAGGGAUUCAUGCAUUGAAGACCAAGCAUUAAGGUGCAUUCAUGUUGGUCUUCUAUGUGCAGAAGAUAAUGCAGUUGAUAGGCCAACCAUAUCAGACAUCAUAAACAUGUUGACAAGUGAAUAUGCACCUUUUCCUCUUCCUAGAAGACCAGCAUUUUACAGUAGAAGAAUGCCUAAUGAGGAAUGCAGAUGUACCAAAGGUUCUGAAUGUUAUUCAGUGAAUGGUUUGUCUAUUUCCAACGUAGUAGCAAGAUAA